AAUUCAAAAGAAAACAAUACUAAAUUAUUGAACGGACAAAGAGAACAAACCUACGCAUAACACUGGCCACAUCGAACUCGAUCGCUAUUGGUAACCGUUGUGUCAACAAAACUUUUUUUGUUUACAAAUGGCCACGGGUGACAAAUUCAAAUUUGAAAGACGUAUUUGUGAUGUGAAAAGUGAUUUUUUAUCGUUAAUCUAGUUGUAUAUGUUGUGUUUAUUAUGGGUAAUUGUCUGGGAAGUAUUUUUCGGCGUCGAAACCAGCGUCGUCACAUCGUUUUGAUACUGAUAGGAUUGGAUAACGCGGGAAAAACAAAAACUGUGAAUAAUUUGGCCGGCGAAAAAGAUGACAAGGUUUUACCGACUGUGGGUUUUAAAGCUGUGAAUUUAGUGCAUAAAGAUACUCCUGUGACGAUAUAUGAUUUAGGCGGGGGCCCUCAUUUUCGUCAAAUAUGGUCUCAGUAUUAUAGCGAAGUGCACGGUGUGAUAUUUGUCAUCGAUUCAAGUGAUUUUUCACGGUUGGACGAGUGCAGGGCUGUACUCGAAGAGGUGUUAUCGCAUGACAAAAUAUCAGGCAAGCCAGUGCUGGUUCUAGCGAACAAACAGGACAAAACUGGGGCUUUGGACGACAUCGAUGUGGUCGACAAACUGAACAUCGAACCUCUCGUUAAUAAGUACAGAUGUCCAACUCUAGUCGAAUCCUACAGCGCAUUCACAGAACACCCAAAUACUAAAAAGCCAAAAAUAGACCCUGGUUUACGUAAAGGCUACCAAUGGCUCCUCAACUACAUAGUGAGACGUUACGGAGAUAUAAAUUUACGCGUACAGACGGAUAUACACGCAGAUUUGGAACGACGUAAGCGGAUGUUAAACAAAGCUUCGAAUACAACAUCACAGACGUUCACAGCAGAAAGUGAUGACAUAGCCACACAGACUGGCUUCGAAAACCCCAACUAUGACCUUGAGAAAUCGACUAAAAUCAACAAUGAUGGAGUACAAGGCGUGAUAGUCGUUAAACCGAUUAAGCACACCUCUGACAGUAUCGAUUCGACCAUAACGAUUGAGAGUGUCGAAGAAUCGGAAGCGACUAGUGUUGCCAAACCGAAAUUGUCCCCGCUUUUCGGUAGGGCCAGUAAUUCCACUGUAGAGACUGUUCGAAUAGAGCUGGAGCCGAGGAGUGAGUUCAGGAAGUUGUCUCCCAUUGUCAGGAAUAAGAGUGGUGCGAAUCAACACAUCGAUUUUCAGAAUAGACCGCAGUCAAGUCCUACUUUUGUUAAGAAACAGAUUAAGGUGCAACCAUCAAGCAAGAACACAUCUUUGCAAGACGAGGAUCUAAAACCGGACGGUGAUCUGACGGCGUACAUGGGCGAUCGGAACCGGACCUGGGACGGAUCGGAGAAGAAAAACACGGUGCUUGUGAACGACGCUGAGUUAUCGCUGAUGCAUCGCGAGAUUGUGCUCAAUGAGAGAGACUACACAAGCAAGACAGCGUACUCGGAGGUGACGCUCCAACCGGCCACGUUGCCGCUGAGCCCCCGGCCGGCGUCCGCCUCGCAGCUAGUCCGGAGGCAGCUGGAACUGUGCGGGCAGCAUAAACGGCGACUCAGUCUUAGAUACAUGCAGCGCAACAAGACGAGUCCGGAGCGCGUCUCCAUGAUGAUCUACGAGCCGACGAAGGCGGCGCAGCGGCACCUCGACAAGGGGGACUUCGACCAUUCCGCCACCAUCAACUGAUUGUGAAUACAAAAUCUGAACUGGACGUUUACAGUACAAUAUGUAGACUUAUAACGUAGUAAUUUUUAUAUAAAAUAAGAAAAUAAUAAUAUAUUGUUCACACAGGGUAUAUAUAACUAUAGUUGUAGCAUAUAAAGGUGCUCUAAUUAAUAUGUACUGAGCUAAACACCCCAAUUAUUAAACCCUUUAGUUGUACGCAAAUAUAUAAAUAAUUCAAUAUAUAUAUUAUAUUAAAUGUAGGUAUGUAUAUUUAAAGUAUAAAGUCUGUAAAAUCCCCUAAAAUAAGGCUAAGGGGAUGGUACAUAAAAAUUUGAUACAAACAUGUUUUUUUUUAGUAAAUUUCAUUAUAAAUGUGAAGUAAAUGCCUUAGAAACCUAGAGAUACUAGUUUUGCAUUAUAAUUUUAAACAAAUAACUAUUUUAUCAAGCCCCCUAAAACUUAUUUGUUGCCUCAAUCGUAAAAAAACUGAUUACAAUUACAUUGAACAGUAUUAAAUACAUAAUAAACCAAAAUUUUGAUUAUUUAAUUAUGUUUAAAAGUCAUUAUAAUAUAAUUGUUUUUCUUUAUGUGUUGUAGUUUCGAUCAAAAUUAUCAAGAAGGCACUUUUGAAACUUAAGUUUUCUUUGUUAAUUCGUAUAUUUUCGUAAAUUAACAAUUGAUGAUGAUAUUUCACCUAAUAAGAUGAUUUAAACUUAGAUUUUUUUACUAUAUAGGGUGACUGGUAAUUUAUUUAUUUCUUUUCCAUAUAAAUUACAUUAUAAUAUACUAAGCCCCACAAAACCGUUGUAAUGGUUUGACUGUGGGGUCGCUGAGUCUCUAUGAACUAGUGAACGAUAUUUAAACACGUACACGAUAGUACUCAUGAUUACAAACAACUUUCUCAGAUAAAUUUUUUUUGUAUACUUAUUAGUUUAAUUUUUAUCACAAUAAAGUUUCGUGCGCGUUUGCUUUCGCAUGAUCAGUUGUUAGCAGCGAGGCGCCCGCGCCAUUUUUAUCGGAAGAUUAAGUAGUAGGUCGUUUAGAACUUUUCGCGCGCGAAGUUUCGUUGUUUUGAUACUGUGAUAAAAAUAAAACUAAUGAGUAUACAAAAGGAGUUUCUUUGGGAAAGUUGUUUGUAAAUAGGAGUACAAUCACGUGUUUAAAUAUCGUUCACUAAUUACCAGUCAGCCUAUAUUAUUCAAAUAAUGAUUGUCAUUGUGAACAGAUGUAGACACUAUUUUCCACUUAAGUCACUAUUAUUUUAAUCACCUAUUCCUAGCUGUACUAGUCAAUUAUAAUUUAACACAUUAAACGCCAUGGGGGGCAGAAGUGACCGGCGCUAGCGGAGGAUUUGCCUUCAACUGAUUUUUGUUGGCAGUCAAUGUGUUAAAGAUUGUAUUGUCUCACAUACGAGUAAAAUUCCAACGAUUUUCGUGUCUUUUGAUAACUAGACUAACAGGACCUUUGCCUCACCAGCCCCAUCUGGGGGGCACUAAAUUAAAAACCCUUUGAGAAAAAAGUUAUACUGAAUUGUAAUUUUUAUUGUAUCUGGUCGAUAGCGUAGAAAUUAUUUUAAAAUAUUGUUAUGUUAUAAAUAUAUCGCAUUUACUGCCGAUCUCAGAGACAUUUAAUGAUUACUUAAACUAUUCUUUAGUAACGAUUUUGUUCCGAAAACAGGAUUGGGUUAAAAACAAACGUCCACAGGCCCACAUCGCACGCAUCGCUCGCACCGGGUUUUAGUUUGUCUUGUAUAGAAACUCAUACAACUGCGUCCACUGAUCCGCAUCGUACGGACCGCAUCAUCGGCAAAGACUACACGAGAUGCGUACUGGUGACGUCAUACGGAAUGCCUACGAUGCGUGCGAUGCGGGUCUUUGGACGCUUACCAUAAGUAAACAUUUAAUGGCUCUGAGUACGGCGGAUAAAGGAUUAUCCUUAUUCAUACUAGUAAUUAUAUAUAAUUUAUAAUUGUAUAGAUAGUCCACGCUAUAAAAUAUAUAACAUAUAUAUCUAGUUAUAGAUUAAAGCGAAAUUAUAUCGAAUAGAAAUAAUUUAGUUUUGUAUUUUGUGUACCUAUUACAUGAUAAUAAAAGUUGUGUUAUGAA